ACCAUAUUGUGGGUGGACACGUACUUUCAAGGCGCAUCAUGACUACAUGGCGCGUGGCAGAUGAUGACCCAACGGCGGCGGUUGUACAGCUCGCGAUUCAACGGAUGGGAUCGGCCACUUCGACAGGGAUUUCGACAUCGCAAAUUGAUCACGUUGUCAGCUACAUGACAGGACAGCACUGGCUCGCCACUGCUGCCGACUUGCGAGUCGCAUUGAAUAACCCAACUCAAUGGACCGCAUUGGAGGUGCCAGUGCGUCUGAAGCUAGCGCUGGAAGAAGUUUUACAGGAAUGGGACACCAUACAAGAAGUCUACCCUAGUGCCAAGUGGGAACAAGCCGCCGUCUACACUGGCGAGAGCGCCGGUGAGGCAGUUCCGAACGAGAUUUCAGGCAUGGACAAGGAUGGGGACGCCAGUGUCGAAUCGACGGACGGGAGCUGGCGCUGCCUUCGAUGCACGUACCAAAAUCAAUACCAGGACUCGUUUUGCGUCGUGUGCUAUGAACACUACUCCGUGUCUGUCGUCCUGGAAGCGCCAGUGACCCCAACGGCCCCCGACUUUGAUGCAAUCGUCUGCGCGAUGCCUAUCGCCGAGGAAAUUCCACCAGUGCCGCCAAUGCACUCUCUUGGAGACGUGUCACCAACGCCCCCUCCACCAAUCCCACUCGUCCUUACCGCAACAACAGCUUCAACUCCGGUGGCCCCUUCUUCGGCCUUGGACGACUCGUUGUCCGAACAUUUCAAGGCUCUGGCAUUCAAUAAACCGCCUUCUCCCAAAUCGAAACCUUCCCCCCAAAUGGACGAGGCGGGCGGCGUGCACUCGCAGCGACGAGCCGAACCUGUUUAAUUCCAAACACGCCAUCAUCCCUAUUGCAA